GAAACCUCCGCCGGUGCCGCUCGCCAACGAAAGUACCGCCCGCCUUCCUGCUUUCACCAUGGCCAUUGAGACCGCCUGAUCGUGAAGUCCUAGCACCCUUCGCAAUGGCCUCUUCGCAAAUGAUCCGGCCGCAACUGGCCUUGCGCCGUGCCCUGCCUCGGCAAUGCGCUCGCAGCCUGACCCCGCGCGCCUCCGCCUCUCUGCCGCUGAGCCACGCCCGCUGGGCAAGUGGGAGUCCGCAGGGCAAGAAUUUCAUGGGCCAGCUGUAUGAGAGCACUCAUCAGCGGUUACUGCGCGAACGCGCUGAGCAGGCCAGGUUUGCGGAACAAAGAGACCUGAGUGGGCGCGGCAGCAAAAGCAUAGGAUUGCUAUUCCUCGUCGCCGUUUCUCUCGCAGGAGGCUACUUUGCCGGCUCGCUCAACCCGACUCCUCUUCCUACCGAAUCGACCGUUCCUCUAACCGCGACGCGGCCGUUGCAGCACAACACCGCGACGGGAAACCUGCAGGCGGCAUGGACUGAUUUUAAGAACAUUGUCGGCGCGGAGAACAUCUCGACGUCCGAAUCAGAUCUAAAGGCCCAUGCAGGCUCUGAAUGGUCUACGUAUUCUAGCUUGCCUGGCGAUGUUCCCUUCGCCAUUGUCAAGCCGGCCACGACGGAGGAAGUAAGCCAGAUUAUGAAGGUGUGCCACCAGAGGAAGAUUCCGGUCACGCCGUACUCUGGCGGCACCAGUCUGGAAGGUCAUUUUGCGGCCACUCAAGGCGGCAUCUGCAUCGACUUUAGCAGAAUGGAUAAAAUAUUGUCGCUGCACAAAGACGAUCUCGAUGUAGUGGUGCAGCCUGCAGUUGGUUGGGAGACUCUUAACGAGCAACUUGGCGAAGAGGGUCUCUUCUUCCCUCCGGACCCAGGCCCAGGUGCUCAGAUUGGAGGCAUGGUUGGAACAGGCUGUUCGGGCACAAACUCCUACCGCUACGGCACGAUGCGCGAUUGGGUGCUUUCUCUCACGGUCGUACUCGCUGACGGCACCAUAAUCAAGACCCGUCAGCGGCCGCGAAAGAGCAGUGCCGGAUACGAUCUCACUCGCAUGUUCAUCGGCAGUGAGGGCACGCUGGGCCUGGUCACCGAAGCCACAUUAAAGGUCACCGUCAAGCCUAUCAACACGUCGGUUGCCGUUUCGAGCUUCGGCAGUAUCCGUGAGGCAGCCAACUGCGUCUUCAAAGUUGUCGGUGCCGGUGUGCCAAUUGCUGCCAUUGAGAUCCUCGACGAUGUGCAAAUGAAGUGCAUCAACGAUGCCGGUUCAACCGCUAGGCAGUGGAAGGAGGCGCCUACGCUUUUCUUCAAGUUCUCCGGUACCCCCUCGGGCGUGAAGGAAAACAUUUCCAUCGUCCAGGGUCUGGCGAAGAAAUCUGGUAGCAAGAGCUUCGAAUUCGCUCGUAGCGGUGAAGAAGCUGAUGAACUCUGGAGCGCUCGUAAGGAGGCUCUUUGGAGCGUCAUGGGGAAGAAGAGGGAGGACGGUGACCAUGUCUGGACAACUGAUGUCGCGGUGCCGAUCAGCAAGAUGCCCGAACUCAUUGAGGAAACCAAGGCGGACAUUCAGAAAAGCGGACUUGUUGGCGCAAUCGUUGGGCAUGUUGGUGACGGAAACUUCCACGCGAUCAUACUAUACAAUGACCGCGAACACGCUGUGGCCGACCGCGUUGUGCACCAGAUGGUAAAGCGUGCCAUUGAGUUGGAGGGAACUGCCACCGGUGAGCACGGCGUUGGCCUCGUGAAGAGGGAUUAUUUGAACCACGAGCUGGGCGAGUCCACCGUGGAUGCCAUGCGGAAGCUGAAACAAGCCUUCGACCCUCUUUGCCUGCUUAACUGCAACAAGGUCGUCCGCUCUCAAAUGCCAAAGCCUGGAGAGGUCCAAGAAUGGUAAUGAGGCUCGAUCUAUUUAAAAACCAUUUCCCGUCACUGUCCAAUGAGACGUACCUUUCCAGUACAUAGGAAGCAUCGCAAUUUAGAUUCUCGACAUUCAAACGUCUUCGAAUGAAUGUCUACCUGGACUUAUCUUGAACCUCG